UGCCGCGCCGCAACGCACCCUGCGGCAACCUCUCUCACUUCUCACGGCCUCUCGCUCUCCCACGCGCGUGCGAAGGAUUUCACCAACGGUAACUGGAAGUCAUGGAAGGAAUGGAUGUUUCCGAGGAACGGCCUCCGGCUAGGGCAAAGCAAUACAAGCGUUACCUGGCGCCGCACGCGGAUGCUCACAUUAACGUUGGCCCGGAGUAUCAGGCGGCCAUCCCGGCGCUCGAGCCGAGUGUUGCGUUAAUUCCGCCAACACCACCAAGAUUAAGCGAACAAGGAACCGCGGAGGCCGCCGCCGCCGCCUCCUCCGAAAUGGACGAAUGACUCUCCGCGGUAACGCAAGAUGCAGAGGGUGGGUGGAUACGUGUGAAGGCCACACGCACGCUUUGAGCUUCUCGGUACGAGUGUAUUGAUGCGCGCAAGAGAGGGUAAGUUUAUCCGAGGGUCGUGAAACCAUAGCGGUAGAAAGUGGGGCCUGUCACAGGUUAUCCAACCUGGAACAGUGACGCCAUGCCGUGCGUCGGUGGGGAGGGAUCGGCGUACACUGGCAGUGCUAACUCAGCCGGUGUUGCUUGUGGAGCCACCAAUCUGAACCACGGCGGUCAAUUGCCGGGGGGUCUGCUCAAGAGUGUUAUUGUUCUGUUUCGAAGGCUUCUUUUAGGUGUGCUCGCCGAUUUGGUGUAGAUGCGUGCACGUCGGUGGGGCCCGCAUCGUGUUGUCUGGAUUCUGGAGUAGACCUGAGAUGGAAGCGUGGGCAACAUGCACCGUCCGUCCGUGAGAGGCCAACUGACCCUAGCACCGUUGUCAGUACUCCAUGUUGUCCGAUAUCCUCGGCCAUGAGUUCCCUCCCGAGUUUCGCUGGUUCUCAGAGUAGAUGCCGAAGGAUAAGUUAUGUGGUAUGGUAGUGAUGUACUUCCUCGUUCCCUUUGUGACACCUUGUAGAGAGUGCCGGCGUGUAAAGGGCAUGCCGCUAUUGUAGCAGUGAGAGCUAUGUACGCGUACGUUGUUUUUGUGCGUUUGCAGUACGGAGCUGCGUGACUGCUGUUUGUUCCUGCCUGCUUCAUCUUAGAACAAAAGAUCACUUGAACAUUUGGUUGUCGGUAUCGUGCUGGCGUGGGCUGUUGAGUUUUUCAGAUGGGCAGCAUGGGCGGGUCUCUCCGAUUUUUUUUGUGUUUUUCGUGAACAGCUGUAUAGACAAAAGAGGUGUCUUGUUUGGGAUGUGUAGGUUCGUGGGUUGGGUGUAGACUAGACAUGGACGUUAUGCAACACCGUUGGCGCCAACGUAGUGUUCUGCAACGAGCGAACUCUUAUUUUCGAGUUGUCUAUUGCAUGGCGUGGUUACCCUUGUCGUCAAGUUCGUCGCUGGACGUUGCUUUCGUGGUGUUGUCCCUGAUCAAAGCUUGUGUGGUCGGGUUUGCGCUGAAAGUUGCGGUGGGGGUUGCGGAGUGGACGAUAGGCUGUACCGUCAGUGUCAAUACAUUCUGCAGAAAUUUUUCCGCAAGCGGACACGCGUUUCGGAGUUUGUACGAGCCAAAUGAAGUUGAAACCCUGUACGAAGAUGGAUCUAUCACCGGAGAACCACGAAUAAAAUCGACAAAUAGUUGGGGCAGUAAAAGCGCAUGGGAACGGACUCUGCGAAGUCGAUCGCUGCGCUGGGUGGAAUGGGUGUCAAGAGCUUUCGCAACUCGUGGGAAGCAGAGACGAGGCCCUUUUGGUUUCUUGGAUCUUGAGGCUCUUGUAUGAGCGGGAGCGGGAGGCAUCUGCCAGCUUGGCUCCCAACAAGAAUUCACAGUGUUUCGUGUUCUCUCCCAAGCAGUCAUGGUCCUGAAGCGCUUUUGCUCGAGCAAACGCGGCUGUCACGCUGUCCGGCCAUGUUCGCAUUUUCAUUUUACGCCAAAGAAUAGCGAGCUUGAGUGCAGCGGGUAUUUGUAGACACCAAUGGUUUCCCCCGCCAGAAUGGAGCGUCUACGCUGCUUUCAAGUUCUCGCCAAAAUCGUCAGUAGUAGUAGCAGCAGCAGCAGUCAAUUACACAUGGCACAUGUAAUGUUCUGGAUGGAAAAAAAUGUAUUCACAAAAGAAUCCCACGCUCUUCUGCUUGGUAAUGCAUAAAACACACAAUUGGCGGCAAUAACGUCCCGAGAGCUCUACUUUUUUCGACGUCAAAUUGCCAAACUGCCAGACGCUGAGAUUCCCAAGGCUGGUCACAACGGGUUCAAACGACCAAGCUCGGCAUCAACGUGCCCCAUCAAUCAUUUGUGGAAACAACCGUCUUCUACGACAGAGCAGCGCGCUUAGCCCGAACACUUAACUGUCGCUGAAAAAUCCGUCUCUCUACAGCAUGCGGCCAGGCUACCACCGCUGUCGGUACAAAUUAGACUGCAACGUGUUGGCAAAAAUAACAAAUACGAAAACGCCUGCCAAGCAAGACACGGAGAGUACAUGCCAGUGGUCGGUUCGCCUCAAACCAAUUCUACCCCGCGGAGACGCAAUACAACACGUACACCAUGCGAUCCCAACGGCUGUUGUAGAAUCCUCGUUCCCUGGUAAGGUGCGCAAGGCCUUUCUCCCGCGUCACCGCUCACCCCAACAGAAACAUCACCGCUGGAAUGGUGAUGCCCCCCUACCCCCCCCAAAACCUCCG